AUGUCGCUGGCAGAAUCACCGUGCGCAAAGAGAGCCAGAGUGCAGCAGUUGCAGCUGCUGUUGCAAGAAAACAGGCGUGAGCUGGCGCAGUGCCGGCAGCGUGUGGCGAGGUGGGCGGCCAAACGUGGUAAUUUAGGCUUGACUUCAGCAGGACAAAAGGCAGUACUUGCUUGCUAUUGCUUGUCAAACUACAACAGCGCCAUUGCCACCAAGCUUGCGCAGCAACUCAGCGACUUGGAGAGAUCUUCCCCCCAGUUUCCGUCAGAACCAUUGGUCCAAUCUCUGUUUCGAGAGACAAACCUUGGAGAGCUCCUGCGGCUGCACAGCGACGAUGAUGAUUGGACAAAAGCCAGAAAUGUGGCCGUUCGCUUUGUGGCAGAGGUGAAGACGGUGGACUAUGUCCACUCGCAAAACAGUCUCCAUGGUGUCGCGCCAACUUCGGCUGAGGUUUUUGCGCAUUUUGCGCAGACACGCUCGGGCGGUUUACCGGAGGUACUCCCAAGCCGCGACUAUAUCAAGAAGUGGGCUGCUGGUUGGCGAAAACGCUUUGGCAUCCGAAGGGCGGCCUUGCCCAUGGCCAUUCCAGCAGAUGCACCGAGCUUGCGGGCAAAGGUGAAAUGCUUCUGGAAGAUGCUGGCGUUUCAGCGUGGUCCAGAGGCUUGUGAUGGUCGUGAGAUUUUGUAUCUCAAUGUGGAUGAAACAAGUGUGCCCUACACUGCACGACCUGCUAUUGGUUGUGUGAUCAACCGCAAGCAGUACAAGGGCUCCGGCCUCCCAGCCGUGCCCCACGCCAAAAUCCAGCCUGCCGGCAGGCUGAGCAGCAAGGUAGUGAAGGCCUUCAAGUGCUUGCCGAAGACCCAAUUGCAAGUGCUUCGCCGGAAGAGUGCGUGGGUUACCAGUGAUUUGAUGAUCGCAAUCUUGCAAGAAGUGGCAAAAGAAUUAGAACCGUUUUUGCAUCAAUUUAGGCACCCAGCCGCCGAUCGGCUGGUUUCGCUCAAAACACAGCGGCAGAACCUGAAGCGGCAGCUCCAGCAAGCGAACCGUGAGGGUCGCAAUGAGGAGAAAAAGCGACAGAGACUCAUGCGGCGCGCUGGCAAGUUGAGCUCUGCUGAUCUCACCUGGCUGCUGGCGCGUCGAGUGCAAUCUGAGCAGUCUGAGCAGAUGUCCACAUAG